GGGAUAUCACAGCAGCAGCCGCAGCAGCGGGCAGAAAGAAAGACCCAAACGAGUGAGAGAGGAGAGAGAGAGAGAGAGACGAAAGCUUAGAAGAAGAGAGAUCCACCUCGAAGUAACCCCCUCCCUCCCUCCCCAUCAUCUCCUUCCUCCCUUCCCCCGCUCUCCUCUCCUCUCCUCUCCUCUCCUCCCGUGCUCUCUCGCUUGCUGCUGCCAGCGGAGGACUGCGGCUUGCUACCGCGGGCAAGGAGGCGAAUUGCUCUGCUCCGCCCUGCUCCGGCCCGGGAGGAUGAGGGAGGAGGAGGAGCCCAGCUGGUUCGCGCGCUUCGACGAGGACCUGCCGGCGCCGGACGAGCUCAUGCCGCUCUCGCAGUCGCUCAUCACCCGCGAUCUCGCCGCCGCCUUCGACAUCCCCACGCACGGCGGGGGCGGCCCGCUCAGCGGCGGCGCCGACGGGGCCGGCGGCGCGGGCGGCCAGGAGAUGAACGGCGGCGCGUCGUCGGCCGCCGGCUCCAGCGGCGGCAACGGGGGCGGCAACGGGGAGGAGCCGGCCAGGACCCUCAAGCGGCCGCGCCUCGUGUGGACGCCGCAGCUGCACAAGCGCUUCGUCGACGCCGUGGCGCACCUCGGCAUCAAGAACGCCGUGCCCAAGACCAUAAUGCAGCUGAUGAGCGUGGACGGCCUCACGCGCGAGAACGUCGCGUCCCACCUCCAGAAGUACCGCCUCUACCUCAAGCGCAUGCAGGGGCUCGGCAACGGCGGCGGCGGCGGCGGGGGAGGCAGCCACUCCUCCGGCUCCGGGACCGACGCCGCCACCGAGCACCUCUUCGCCACCGGGCCCUCCCCGUUCCUCCCGCCCGGCCGCGGCCCGGCCGUCGCCGACCCCUACACCCCCUACGCCGCCAUGCCCGCCGCGCACCACCAUCACCACCACCCGCAGCAGAUCGGCCACUUCCACCACCCCGCCGCGCGCCCGCUCGGCCACUACGGCGCCGGGCCAGGCGGCGGCUUCGACCACGGGUUCCUGAGCCGCGCCGUGGCCAGCGGCGCGCCAGUCGGCCCGCCCGGGAUGCACCACCGCAUGGUCGGCGGCGGGGCCGCGAUGGGGAUGAUGGCGCCGUCGUCUUUCGCCGAGGAGCUGGAGCUCGGGUCCCGCGGCGGCGGAGGCGGCGGCGGGCGCCGGGAGCUGACGCUGUUCCCGACUUCCGGCGAGCACUGAGUGUCGACAUCGACGGUGACCGGCAUCGAAUGGCAUCCGUCCGUCCUCCUCGGGUAUAUAAAAUUCGUUUUCCCCUCUGCCGCCGCCGCUACUUCCCACAGAUCGGCAUAGAAUCCCAGCAAGAUUCACGCCCCACAUCGUCAUAUCAUAGAGGCCAAGAAUUCUUGGGAAUUAGCGCUCCGCCACCCAUAUUUUCUAUCUAUCUCUCUCUUCGCCAGUGCUGCUGUUCUGUUCUUGUGUUGCGGAUAUUUGUCAUUGCUGUUCCCGUUCUCUCCUUGUUCUUUGCUGUUGAUGACAUAAAAGCUUAGCCCUAGAGACAAUUAUUUUAGACGGUAAAAAAGUUGUGAAAA